CCUUUUGGAAAGGCAAAUCAUUCUGUCUGUCUCAGCUCCUUGCUGUUGCUCUCCCUAAGAACUGUUAACCCCAGAUGCACUUGGUUUCUGUUUGCACGCCUCCUCCCAGCCGGGGUCCCGUCUCAACCUCCGGAUUUCUCCUUGCAGAUCGAACCUGCUGCUGACGGUGCCAGUGGGGCAGCGGAGUGUGGAACACGUUUCGGGCACUGAUGAUGUGCUUCAUCCAGUUGUCAUAGGACUUCGUUCGCUCAAAGGAAAACUAAAGGCUGCAUCAAUGGAGCACAUUCAGGGAGCUUGGAAGACUAUCAGUAAUGGUUUUGGACUCAAGGAUUCUGUCUUUGAUGGCCCGAACUGUAUUUCGCCCACUAUCGUCCAGCAGUUUGGUUAUCAGCGCCGAGCAUCCGAUGAUGGCAAAAUAUCUGAUACUUCCAAAACUAGUAAUACUAUUCGUGUGUUCUUGCCCAACAAGCAGCGCACAGUGGUGAAUGUGCGCAAUGGGAUGACCUUGCAUGACUGCCUUAGGAAGGCACUGAAAGUAAGAGGUCUGCAGCCAGAAUGCUGUGCCGUUUUUCGACUCGUGACUGAACCAAAAGGCAAAAAGGUGCGAUUGGAUUGGAAUACAGAUGCUGCCUCCUUGAUCGGAGAGGAACUGCAAGUGGACUUUCUUGAUCAUGUUCCACUCACUACCCACAAUUUUGCUCGGAAGACCUUUCUAAAGCUUGCUUUCUGUGACAUCUGCCAAAAGUUCCUGCUAAAUGGGUUUCGGUGUCAGACAUGUGGUUAUAAAUUCCAUGAACACUGCAGCACUAAAGUUCCAACCAUGUGUGUCGACUGGAGCAAUAUCAGGCAACUCUUAUUGUUCCCAAAUUCAAAUAUCAGUGACAGUGGUGUCCCUGCACUACCUCCCUUGACAAUGAGACGGAUGCGGGAGUCUGUCUCCCGGAUACCUGUUAGUUCCCAGCACAGGUAUUCUACACCUCAUGCCUUCACAUUCAACACAGCGAAUCCUUCUUCUGAGGGCUCCCUCUCCCAAAGACAACGAUCUACAUCCACCCCCAAUGUGCACAUGGUUAGCACUACAAUGCCUGUAGACAGUCGGAUAAUUGAGAAUAACAGCCUGAAUGCUUCUCCCAGUUCCUGGUGCAGACGGUUUUGUUUAAGGGGAAGAGAUGCAAUUCGAAGCCAUGGUGAAUCAGCUUCACCCUCUGCCUUGUCUGGAAGUCCAAACAAUAUGAGCCCCACAGGCUGGUCUCAGCCCAAAACCCCAGUCCCGGCCCAAAGAGAGAGAGCCCCUGCAUCCAAUACACAAGAAAAAAACAAAAUUAGGCCUCGUGGACAGAGAGAUUCCAGUUAUUACUGGGAAAUAGAAGCAAGUGAAGUCAUGCUUUCUACCAGAAUAGGGUCAGGUUCUUUUGGGACAGUUUACAAAGGCAAAUGGCAUGGGGAUGUAGCAGUGAAGAUACUAAAGGUUGUGGAUCCAACCCCAGAACAGUUCCAGGCUUUCAGAAACGAAGUGGCUGUAUUAAGGAAGACUCGGCAUGUUAAUAUUUUGCUCUUCAUGGGCUACAUGACUAAAGAUAACCUGGCCAUUGUUACACAGUGGUGUGAAGGAAGCAGUCUGUAUAAACACCUGCAUGUCCAAGAGACCAAGUUCCAGAUGUUCCAGCUCAUUGACAUUGCUCGGCAGACAGCACAGGGAAUGGACUAUUUACAUGCAAAGAACAUCAUCCACAGAGACAUGAAAUCAAAUAACAUAUUUCUUCAUGAAGGCCUCACCGUGAAAAUAGGAGACUUUGGUCUGGCUACUGUAAAGUCCCGGUGGAGUGGAUCCCAGCAGGUGGAGCAGCCCACUGGAUCGAUCUUGUGGAUGGCCCCCGAAGUGAUCCGGAUGCAGGACAGUAACCCGUUCAGUUUCCAGUCAGACGUCUACUCCUAUGGAAUAGUGUUAUACGAGCUAAUGACAGGAGAGCUGCCGUACUCCCACAUCAACAACCGGGAUCAGAUUAUUUUCAUGGUGGGCCGAGGGUACGCUUCUCCUGACCUCAGCAAGCUGUACAAGAACUGCCCCAAGGCGAUGAAGAGGCUGGUGGCGGAUUGCUUGAAGAAGGUUAGGGAAGAACGACCUCUCUUUCCACAAAUACUCUCGUCCAUUGAAUUGUUGCAACAUUCUUUACCCAAAAUCAAUCGGAGUGCUUCCGAACCCUCUCUGCAUCGCGCUGCCCACACAGAGGACAUCAAUUCAUGCACGUUAACAUCCACGAGACUGCCCACCUUCUAGGAUCGUGCUCCCGUUCCCUGGUUCUCUCCAGUGGUGGGAAAGGAACAGAUAUAACUGAAGUUGUGCUUUUCGUGCCUCCGUGUACAGGAUCAGUGCCAGCAGGAUGAUCUGCUUCCCAGUUUUGAAGAACAAGCUGCUAAGGAUUUCUGCAGUUCCUAUCCUGCAGGGACACAGCUCCACAUCAUGGCCUUUUCUACAGUUUCUUUUACUGGGAUAGUUAACAGACUCUAAAUCAAGAGAUCUAUUACUAUUUUUUUAAUAGAUGCACUUGAGCCUUACUUUUCCCCUACACAGAAGAGAUGGACAUUUCUUGGGCAGCAUUGGAUUGCUUUGAAUCGGUUGAUAACUGGGAGUUCUUUAAAGCCUUACUGUUAGGGGACAGAUGUGUUGUGGCGCUCUGCGGGCGCCCCCGGCCACGCCGUAUUGAAGUGGGAAGAGGAGAAACUGCCUGCAGGUCAGCUCCUGCCCGAGAGCUUUCAUCACAAGCCGAUGAAAUAAGUGAAAAUGCUAAUUCAACACAAAAUAGUUUUGCACAUAGAAAAAACUCUUGCAAAAGAACGGAUGGUUCUGACCCAUACUGCUCGGAGGAGGAGGCCGGCCAGCCCAUCGGCAUAACUUCAGCAGCUGACUUUGGUACUAGGGACUUGGUCCUUGCAGCCUGGCGAGGUGGCAGUGCGGAAGGACGGGCGUUCCUGGCUGCAAAAAGGCUAAUUAACAUUAUCCGUAUACUUCUGCAAAACGAGUGUAGUCUUCAUCCCAGCUGCAGCUGUCGGCCAAGAGAUGCACUAUCCAGAGGAAACUGACAGUUCUUCUCGCUGAUUUGGGUUUUAAUUUUGUUUUUAUUGCUCCUGAGAAAAUGCAUUUAUUGUAAGCCAAGGUUCCUCUGAUUAUCUUAUUUUAAUAAAAUAAAUUAAAUUUUA